AUGGCGGCACGCAAGAAGUUUGUGUUUUCGCCUCUUGCGUGGUACCAGACACAGAAGCAUCCAAGUUUGGAAUUUUUUAGUGGAUUUAAUGAAGAACGUCGCACAGGAGAGUUGCAAAGAUCAGCCUGGUCCGGGAGGGCUGCGCUGUCGGGAAAAGAGCUGCCCCCCCGAGCCAGGCUGGUCUCUGGAACUCCAAAGGCGCUGUUGCCUCUCGUUACGUUUUUCGCAAUUACCGCCGUCAUGUUAUUUGUAUACAUGUGCAGUGCGUCUAUCCGAAGGCGAAUAUCUACAGGGUUUCAAGAGCGCAGUCUGGCUGGCAGCAGUGGAGACAAGGAUAACGAGGCAGACUGGUGCAAGCCGCCAACGACGUCAGAAGACCCUCUAGAAUCCCUCACCAUUCCUGCGGAAGGGCAAGAGUCGACAUCACAGCGUCAAUAUGAGCAAGCUGAACCAGAGACUGUGGAGCUUCCACACGCGGAUGAAAACCUUGGACCCAACAAGGAACAGGCUUUCACGGCGGUGAUAACGCAGCUAGAGAGAGGCACUGCGGCAGAUGUUAGCAGGAAACCAAGAAGAGAGGGAGAUACAGAUGGGGUACCCAAGCACUUCGAAGUGCAGGUAUCGCUGGAGGGCAUUGUAUCGGUGCCUGCUCCCCCUCUUGAUACAAAACUCGAUUCACCCGUUGACCCUUUGUUGUCUCAGACCACGUUACUUGGUCCCACUUUAUUUCCCGAUAAAAAUGAAGUAUCCGAAAUGACGGAACCAUUGUCAAGUGACUCUGAAGAGUCUGAGGAAGACAUUGAGGGCUUCCCGGAGUUGCCUUCCGAGCCUUCAGCAUACGUAGUGGCUGCAGGAGAGCCUUCAAGCACUGUUGGCAUAAAACGAAGUGCAGCGUCAGUAGUGAGCCAUUCACAACAUGCCACUUCCACGCAUCUUGGAUUCGUCCGCUCUGUGUCACCAGAAAGCGGCGAUGCUUUUUCUCCCGAAGGGUGGAUCAGGCACAGAGAAGAGCGCGCGUUGGGGAUGCCAGAUGGUGCGGUGUCUGGCCCUCCGAACCUGGCGCCAUUUACUGGGCAAAGUGAUCGUGAAGAUCUUACCGGGGGGUGGGCAGCGCAAGGAGCCUCCUCUGCAGAGCUACCGCGAUUCCCGUACCUGGGGGAAGCUUCCACCCCUGAUGGACGCAGUAUGUCGACAAGCCAGGUUCGUUCCCCGACCACAGUUCAGCAACCGUUCCCAUCCCAUCCCAGUACAUCUAUCUCCUAUUCACUUCCUGCCCAUAUUGUGAGAUAUGGUGAGCACGAAGACGUAGAAUGCGUGAUGUGGAAUAGGGAUCGGCAAGCGGGUUGGUACCCACAACUCAAAUGCUUGGACCGCCUGAUCCAGGACUGGGCACAAGUUCAAGUGCAUCAAUUGCGGGCAGAGUGUCCUCUGAGACGUCAGCGUUCACCUUCGAGAUGA